CACGCCCUGCCUGUCACAGCCGAGGAGCGUCGCCGAACCCGCCACCGCGCACCUCUGCUUUCACCUCGGGGGAGGGUCACCAAAUGCCCUCCCCGCGUCCACUGCCACAGGGUCGGGGAACUUGGUGGGCCGCGACAAUCGGACUUAGGGGACCGUCGGCCGGACCCAGGAACGCGGAGGGAGCGGGCUCCGCCCGCUCCAGCCAUCCUGGCCGUUGCGCAACUCGGGGUGUUUGCAAAAACCACAUUUGGGAGGACUUGACCGCAACCCGGCGGAUGGACACGCCCCGGAGGACUGGGCGGGCGGCGGGCGGGAAAGCGUGAAUGAGGAGCUAACCAGCGAGUGGAGGCGGUCGGGUGGGAGCGUGCGGGCUACUAUGUGGCUCUGAGCGCGCCUUCCGGACGCCGUCGCGAUCCAGUCCGACCGCUGGUCUGCAGGCCGCACUUUGCACCCGCUCCCUAAGCCUCGCCCCGCCCCCGCCCCGCCCCGCCCGGCAACCUGCGGAGAGCGCGCAGGCGCGGGCAUGGAGGGCGUGGCCGGCCCGAGGACACAUGGGGCGCUUGCCAUGGGUCCCGCAGGCGCAGGGGGCUCAGUGCGGGCGCGCUACCUCGUGUACUUCCAGUACUUGGGCACUGGUUUUAACGGGGUCGCGGCCGUCAGGGGUACCCAGCGUGCCAUCGGGGUGCAAAACUACCUGGAGGAAGCCGCAGAGCGACUGAACUCAGUAGAGCCAGUUAGGUUCACCAUCUCCAGCCGCACAGAUGCUGGAGUGCACGCCCUGAGCAACACGGCGCACCUGGAUAUCCAGCGCCGCUCGGGCCGGCCGCCCUUCCCCCCAGAAGUGGUGGCCCGCGCCCUUAACACUCAUCUGAGGCACCCAGCCAUCAGGGUACUGCAGGUGUUCCGUGUGCCCAGCGACUUUCACGCUCGCCAUGCAGCUACCUCCAGAACCUACCUGUAUCGCCUGGCAACCGGCUGUCCCCAGCCUGACCAGCUACCCGUGUUUGAGCGAAACUUAUGCUGGGCUCUCCGAGCAAACUGUCUGGAUAUACCUGCCAUGCAGGAGGCUGCCCAGCAUCUCCUGGGGACUCAUGACUUCAGUGCCUUCCAGUCGGCUGGCAGCCCAGCUGCUAGCACAGUGCGCACACUGCGCAGAGCCUCUGUAUCCCCUGGCCCAGCCAGUCCCUUUGUCCUCCCCCAGGAGAGCAGGAAGCUGCACUUCUGGACUCUGGAGUUCGAGAGCCAGUCUUUCCUGUACCGACAGGUGCGGAGGAUGACAGCUGUGCUGGUGGCUGUGGGGCUGGGGAUUCUGACACCCACCCAGGUGAAGAUGAUUCUGCAGAGCCAAGACCCCCUGGGCAAGCACCAGUCUCACCUUGCCCCAGCCUGUGGGCUGUUUCUGAAGUCAGUGCUGUAUGGAGGCCUCAGGGAUCUUGGUGAGAGGUCCUGCCUCCUGCACCCAUGGGGUCCACAGCAUGGAAACAAUGACCACCCAGCUGAGAUCAGACUGGCUACAGAACCUGAGACCUGGCUGUUGAACCUAGUCUUCUUGACCAAUAUAGCACGUCCACCCUCCUGCUUCCUUUCAGCUCCCAUCUACCCAGAGUCCCUGCCACCCUGGACACCCCACUCUCUACCAUUGAGGAGGCUGGCACAGGUUGGGGUGCAGACAACAGGUGUAAGCACCCAAGGGCUUCUUGUUCUGCUUUUCCAAGAACACCACCCCUAUCUUACAGGGGCCUGAGAGCAGGAAUAAAAGAUGAGGAGACCCCCAGGCUUGUUUAUUGGCAGAGGUGUCCACUCAGGCUAGUCUGUAACUCUGGCCUUAUCCCAGAAUAAGGUCUGCAGCUGGCCUAGCCAUGGGCUCUGUUCAUACAGAGCACCUGGAAUCCUGGCAUGGAAGUUCAGUUUCUCCUGCUGGGCAGAGUGAAGGGCAGAGGCGGAGCCUGGGUGGUCAGUGCAUCAGCUGGGGGCCUGGGGGAGGCCCUUCUUGAGCAGCGUCGUGAGGAAGCUCCCCAGCUCCUCAUCCUACAAGAAAGGUGAGAAAGCAGUCAUUCCGCUCCAAGCAGUGCAGGUUGCCAAAGGAGAGAGCCCACCUGUUCUGAUGGGGCACCAGUGAUUCCCACCACCUACCUGGUAGGUCCAAGAGACCAAUAGCACCUUGGUGCCUGGGUCCUCAGAGUGAGCAGCAGCCUGGAUGAGGAUGGACUCCACCGUCACAGAGCCGUCAGGGAGGUGCUGCACACAGUGGUCCUUCAGGGUGCUGUGGAGAGACACAGUGAGACCCUGCCUACUGCAGGUGGGGGGCGGGAGGCAGGACCAGGCGCACCUUUUGAGGUGGCUGUAGACUCGCAGGGCUGUCUCCUGCUCCUUGCGUGCAUCCUGCAGGUGCACACGGCAGGUGAAGCGCAGCUGGUGCUCAGCCAGGCCUAGCUCCUUGAGGGCUUGCUCUGAGGAUACCAGCCGGAAGUUCUGUGGGGCAGGGACAGGUCAGAGCAAGUAGGGGUGCUACCCCCACCACCACGCCUCCACACACACUCACACUGUCCUUCAUGAUCAGGGUGCCAUGCAGUAGUCGGGGCUUCUUGGCCUCAGGGAGCAGCCCUGUGGAGAGGGUGGCUGUCAACACAAGUUGCCCACCACCAGCCACCCCUGCCUGGUGCCCCAUCUGCCCCUCAUACCCUGUGCCAUCUCCCGCUUCAGCAGUCCCAGGGAGAUGCCCACAGGGAUGCUGGGGCUCGUAGGCAGCGUCACUGUCUCACCGUUGGCUGGCAUGUAGCAGCUGACUCCUAGGGGUGGGGAUGGUGCAGAGAGAACCUCAAUCCAAGCUGGCCAGCCCUGCUUGCACUAAGACCAAGGGGUAGGCCCUGCCUAGUAACCCCAUACAGCACCCGUGACCACCUACGGAACUCCUGCUCAAUCUUCUGCCGGAGGAACUCCAUCUUCUUGGCCUCCCCGUGCACCAGCAGCACACGCUCUGGCUCUGCCUGCCCCACCAGCUGCAUGAUGCCCUUGGCAUCGGCGUGGGCGCUGAACGACAUGUACUCCACUUGCAUCUUCACCUCCAGCUGCAGUGCCAAGUUGCACAUGUGGUCAGUGCCAGGGGGCCAGCCACCCCCCAAGUCCAUGGAUGAGGACAGAGACUCACCACCUGUCGUCCUUCCAUCUCCAACUUGCGCUGCCCACUGAGAAUCUUGUGGCCCACAGUGCCCUGAACACAGUAGCCAGGCAUAAUGACCUGCAGUGCAAAGAUAAGGCUCAGCUGCAUGGUCACCCAGCCUGUGGACACCAGGGUUUCCACAGGGACACCCCGACCUGAGCUGCUGAAGGAGGCUGCUUCCACCCUGCCAGCUGCAGAUCCUAGCGGGUCGGGCUCAGAGCCCACCAUCAUGACCGCUCAGUUCCCCAGACCUGGGCUGCCUGCGUUGGACACCACCACCCCCACCAUCAGUGACCUCAGACCAGCCUGAAGUCAGGUCCGUGGGUAGCUUGGGGACAGGGUGGGUAAAGAAUCAUCCGUCUGCCCUCCAGCUACAGGGAGUUCCUGUGGCCACCUCUGAGGAGCUGACCCUGGGCCCAGAACCCUCACCAUGUUCUUCUCAUUUCCUGCCCACUUUCGGAAGAUCUGCAGAGACUGGCCAGCAUGCAGCAUCCCUGGCGUGGCAAACACAACCUAUGGAAUGGAUUAGGAGGAUGAGGAUGGACAAGACUCCUUGCCCAGUCCACCACAGGCCCCAGCUUCUGACUAGGGAUCCUCUAUGCCUGACAUGGAGGAGGGGCCACCCUGCCAGGCUCUAACCAUGGGACCAGGGUUGUCAGCAAAUGCUCGGUCGAAGGCUUUGAUGUGCUUGAAUUCAAACAUGUUCCUUUGAACAAAGGUCUUCCGAAUCUUCUGGUUGGUCCAGGUGAUGAAGAGCUUGUAGUAGUGGUUGGCCUUCUCCGUCAGGCCCGUGGAGAAGUAGAUGGGCACUUUCAAGUUCAUGCGCUCCCUGUGGGCCCACCAAGUUGGUUAGUGGAUACUGCCAGGGUCAGCCUCAGCCUGGGCUGUGUUGCUCAUGUCCUUCACCUCACAGCUCUGUGGCCACAGCUUGGGCAGGGCUGAGGAACUGAGCGCCCAGCUCUCCACCCUGAUGGCCACAAGCCUGUGUCCUGUAACACACAGUGUCCAGAGCUCGUGUGGCAGGCUUAGGGCUAGACUAGUGACCCUGAGACAAGCCACAGUUGGUGCUGAUGACACUGGCCUGCAGGCCCGUGGCCAGCUCCACCCACCAAGACGCUGAGCAGGCCAACAUAGCUGGUACCCUGAUCAUGGGGCCCUAACAGUGGUCUGUACUGCCUUGGCUUCCUCCAGCCACCUCGCACCCCGGCUGCACCCUCCCCUGCAUAGACCACAUGCCCCCACUGUCCUCUGGUCAUGUGCUCCUCCCCAGGAGCAUUCCCUGCUGCACCUACCAGAAGGUCUCCAGCAGGAUGCAGAGCUCCUGAGCGCGACCCAGAGCAAAGACGGGGAUCAGCACCUGAGGCAGGUGAAGCCAACUUCAGGUGGGAGCCCUGGCUAUGCGCCCACCCCCAGCACUGUAGGUGACAAGCUGUCCACUGUGCCUACCUUUGUGAGACUGUCCUGGCUGAUUUCAGCGGUCAUAGCCAGGCACCCCUGAGAGCUGGGGGUCUUGUGUGAACCCCAGGUCCCCACUCUGCCCACAGCCCAGUUCCCAGCCACAGGUGGUGGCAGCAGUGGCCAUGGGGAUGCUCUGACCAGUCCUUAAUGGGGUCUGAAGCCUGAGAGCUGCAGUCUCCUAGGGUAGGUUCCUCGGGGUUUUUCUCCUCAGUGCUGAACAAAGAGCACCCCACCCCAAGACCCUGACACACGUCGGGGUGGGUGAGCCAGCCAAAGCAUGUGCAGAGCUGGCUAGGGCCGGCCUCUGUCCCAGAGUAGCCUGGAGCUACCUUCCCGCCACGCUCCACGGUCUCGUGAACUUUCUUCAGGAAGUCUCGCUCCCGGCAGCGCUUAGAGUCUCGGAUGGUUGUGGCGUAGGUGGAUUCCGUGAUGAGCAGGUUGGGGCGGCACUUGUCGAUCCAAGCAGCACUAUAAUGGGUAGGGUGGCUGGUGGUGGCCUGUCCCCAGCCCCACUCACAGCCACCUUCCUGAACCACCCUGCCAGCAGCCUGCCCCUCUCCUGUGCCCAGGUAUGCAUGACGGGCAGCACCCUCAGAAGGGCUGGUAGAGGCUACAGCCUAGACCUGUGUCUUCAUGCCUCUGGCCUCCCAAGGCCAGGACUCUCCACAUAACACGGGAGACUUGUGGGGGACACCAAUGCACUGACCACUCAGGUGCCCAGCACUACCACCCCACAGGUGUCCAGCUCUGGGUGAACCCCACAAGAUGAAGCACACAGGCCUACUUACCCCAAGUGGCGGUCUGGAGUCAUGUUAUAAUCACCCUGGCAAAGAAGGCAACAGUGAGAAGGGCCUCCCAACCCUAGGCAGCCCUGCCAAGUCGCAGGCACCUCCACUGACCGUGUAGACCACAGACUCUGAGCCCACUUUGAUCUGGAACAUGGCUGCCCCCAGCACGUGACCUGCGUAGUAGGCCUUGAUCUCCAGUUCAUCAUCCACCUGUGGAGGGAGCAGAGGGCUGAGCUUAGGCCACCAGGUGCAGAAGUCAGUGUCUUCCACAUCUCCCACCAGCUCCUGUCCCUCAUGCAUGACAUUCAGGUCUCAACCAAAAGACACCACGCAGAAGGAAUGCAAGCUGAAGAGCAAUGGAGGCAGCAGACUAAAGCAUCAAAAGCUACUGGAAGCUGUUCCAGAGGACAGGGCUUUAGGUGGCCUCUCAGCUCCCACGACGGGAGCUCUCCACACCACACAGGCAGGCCUGUGGGCCACAAUGGCAUGCUGACCAUUCAGAUGCCCAGCAGCACACCACAGGGCUCUGGUGCUGGGGAACACCACAGAUGAAGCACACAGGCCCUGCUCUCCAGAGAGAGAAAGAGAGGCAGGACUAAGAAUAGAGACAGAGUCCAAGAAACUACAAAAGAGUGGAAAUUCUAAAGUUAGGCACUGUGAUGACCUAAAUGAAGAAUUCAAUAGGUGAAUUUACCAACACAUGGGAUAUAACCAAGAAAACCAACAGCUAAACUCUGAGGAUGGAACAGCAUGAAGCACAGGACAGAAGGAUGGAGGAGGCAGAAGAGGCCAACAAGCAGCUCUGAGACCCCAGGGGCUGAGGAAUCAGCACGCAGGCCGUCACACAGCCAGGAUCCUGAACAAGAACAGCAGAGAGUGGUGUGCCUGCAGUGUGGGACGAGAGUGCUGGCCUGCAGCUGUGCUCCUCGUGAAAGUGGCCCUGCAGGAGUUUCACGGGGACAGGAUCGCAGCAGCCGUGCAGGAGGGGCAUCCCUACGCUGCAAACUGCAGUCCUGUGACCAGAGCCCACAGGGUGACUCCACACAGCUGAUCAGACCUUGGUUCUAUUAAAAUGGGUCUUCAGAACACAGGUCUUUUACCAAGACUGAGAGAGAAGGCCCAAAAUGGUGAAAGGAGGCCCAGUCUCUGAAACCCGAGGCCAGCCCCUGCGGUGGUGGGAGACUGCCCACUCCUCACCAGCACAUCAGGCCCUGUGCACUGCCAGUAGGUCAGGGUCUGACCACAGCAAUGAGAAAACCCAGGCUCAGAGAAUGGUGGGGCUAGAGGACACAGCAUGGCCUCUGCUCACACUCAUCUCAUCAGAAGGACCAGAGGACAGGACAGGAGUCACUGGGACUGUCAAGGCUGCCUCCUUUGGCCUUUGUUUUAGGUGUGAGCCUUGAAAACGAGGGUGUUACAGAAGGAGCGUGUGGUGCAGGAGUUUGCACAGCUGUCUGCACACCGCCCAUCCCAAGUUCCUCAGUGUUCCUUAAGGCACUCUUGGGGACAAGGCUGCCUCUUUGCCAAUUAAGUCGCUAACUGCUGUGGAAGGUCAUUUCACUUCCAAGGUGACCACGGGAGUGGACUUUAACACUGGCUUCGCUGCAGAAGCUCACAAGGCAGGUCCAGACAUGCAGCUGGAGGUGCAGGAUGCGAGCUCUGCUGGGCUACUAGUGCCUCCUGGGCCACGAUGACUGGCCACCAUGCAGGUCACGGCUCUGCCCAUCUGCCCUACAGUGCUGUCUAGGGCACACCUCAGCAGGUGGAAAACAUCCCUAGCAUAUUUCUUAUUGGUCUUGCCUCACUGGUUUCUGCUGGCCCAGCUGCCUAUGUCAUGGCACCCAUGCCAACCAGCUCCAGCUAGGAUCAGAGAGUGACAGUGACCAGGUGACCAGCUGAAUGACCUUGCCUGACCCACACCCUGUGGGCACAUUUUAGUUUGCAGAAAACGGCAACAGAGAUUUGCAAUGGACGACAGAACUAUUAUGUCUAUGGGCUGAGAGAGAUUCAGCAGUUUCUCGACCACUCCAAUACACAAGGGUGCGCCUGGCUCUCCCUAGUCUGAGGGGUGAAGUCUGUACUGUACAGAGAGAAAAAGAAGAGUCCUUCAGGAAUGAAGACCGCGGGCUGGAGUUGUGGCUCAGUGGUGGAGCGCUUG